AUGGGAGCAGAACACAACCUUUGCCCGGUCACGGCGGAGAUUCUCGACAUCCCCCAUCUCGCAACACGGCCACCUGAACACGCCAAAGCCCGACGCCACGUAACCUUCAUCGACAAAGACAACGACACGCACACCUUCGCCGUCGCCGACGGCGACAACCUGCUCGACAUCGCGCAAGCCAACGACCUGGAGAUGGAAGGCGCGUGCGGCGGCUCCUGCGCCUGUUCAACCUGCCACGUCAUCGUCGAAGACCCGGACAUGUACGACAAGAUGCCCGAGCCGGACGACGACGAGAACGACAUGCUGGACCUCGCGUUCGGGCUCACGGAGACGAGUCGGCUGGGGUGCCAGGUUAAGAUGACGAAGGAGUUAGAUGGGCUGGUGGUCAAGCUGCCGAGUAUGACGAGGAAUUUGCAAGCGAGCGAUUUUGCGAAGAAGGAGUGA